AUGCACGUCGGAAGGGCGAUCCCGAUGUACGAAAUUAUUAUUACCCCCAUCGAAGUCUUCUUCGACACCCUCUAUCUCUGGUCCUAUGUCGAGAAACGCAAUCUCGAGACGGCGAUAUGCCGGUUCGAGGUGCAGAAUCCGAUCAUCGGCUUCGAGACUAUCUGGCGGCCCUUCAGCCUCGUCCCGUUCCUAAACAAGGGCGCGUGA